ACAACUGACCUUUCAGCUUACAUUUGUGGAAACGAUGACAGACAAACCCCAAACAGAUUUGGAAGUCCAGAUUAAAAACAAAGGACUUGAUCCAAAGAAAUGGAAGGAAUUGUUAAAGAACGAGUUUCAAGUUACAUCAAUUGAGGCUCUCCAGCAUUUAAACAAAGAAGACUACCAGAAGCUUGAAAAGCAUGCAGAAGCUGACUGGGAAAGACGUGCUUUAGCCAAGCUGGUUAAUGUUGACAUUUCACCAAAAUCAGAUGAAGAUUUGGAAAAGAAGAUCGAAGACUCAGGCCUUGAUACGGAGAAAUGGAAAAACAUAUUGAAAGAGGAGUAUGGAAUCACUUCAUUAGUUUCUCUCCAGUACCUAAAGAAUAGUGACCUCCGCUUACUUCAAAAGAAAACUGAAAAAGAAUGGGAGAAGAGAGCCUUGAGCAGACUGCUAAACACUGAGAUUGCACCAAAGAUGACACAAGAGGAUGAGAAAAGGGCUUUGGAAAUGCGUCAAAAAAUAAGUGACAGACUUGCAAAUGUAACUAAAGAUCUAGAAAGCCAUCUCAAAAGAAUUGGGAGAGAUGAGCUUGGCAAUAACGAUCUAAAAGCAUCUGCUGAUAAAUCCUUGAGCACUUUAACAGAGUUAAUGAAUAAAAUGGACACAUUAAACUCUAACUCAGUGAAACGAACAGAAUGGACACCGUCUGAUUUAAUUUACAGAGCAUCAGAAGGUGGCGUUUUCAGAGGAAUCUUGUUCAGUAAUGAUGUUAAGGAUGAACAAGUCUAUCGAGGUAUUAUCUUGGAUAAACCAGUGGAAUGUUGCUUGCUCGGGCCAUUCUUGAGCAUGCAGGAGAAAUCAUACACCUUUCAGUCUUCAGAACAUGAGAGCUCAUUUGAAAGCAGUCUAAAAACAUGUGGCGCUAGUUAUUCAGCUGAACUCCAUGCAUCCUUUGCAGGAUUCAGUGUGGAGGCUGGUGGAGGAACAGCAAGCAGCUCUACAGAUAGCAACAAGACAAGUCGGGCCAAGGCAGAGUCCUAUGGAUCUGUGAUAAAACAAACAUUCGUGCCCAUGGCUUCAUUUGAAUUCACCCACACACAGUUAAAGCUGUCUGAAGACGCCUUGCAUGUCUUGAAAGAAAUAGAUGACUUUAUGAGCAGAGAUUUGAUUAGUCGACAAAUGGUGGUUUUAUUGCAAAGUCAGGCUAUUAAAUUUCUGCAACUAUUUGGGUCUCAUGUAAAUGGCAGCGUUGUCCAUUUUGGAGGUAUACACUGUGUUAAGGCGUCAUCACAUGAAGUUCAUUCCAGUCAAAUGAAAUCAAAGUUCAAUGAAAUGUCCAGAUCUAUUGAUGCUCAUGUAAAGGCUUCCUUCUCAUUUUAUGGGGGUGGUGGAUUCUCGGCUUCACACAACAAUAGUGAUGCCAGAGAAUCAACAGGAACACAUGAGACCAAUACAAGUGACAUUGAUAUUGCAGUUCAGAUGAUCGGCGGGCCCCAGGAGGCUUGUUCUAUUCCAGAGUGGAAGAGAGGGCUGGUUGAAAACCAGAGCACCUGGAGUGUGAUUGACCGCGGCCAGGCCAGCAAUUUUAUCCCAGUCUGGAACAUCAUUAUGGACAACCACUUCAAGAAUUUCAAUGAUCCAAUGGGACUGGCUUGCAUUCUGAGAGAGUGUUGGAGAGAAAUGGUUGCAAGCCAGGCACGUGGAAAGGGUGCCAGAGUAGAUCAUCCUAAGUGGUGGGAUGAUGAGAGAAUUGAUGAUUUGGUAAAGAAUGGAAAAGAAUGGAAAAGCUUUGAUGUAACUCAGUUGUGGGCAGUGAAGAGCUUAGAAAAUCUGGUGAAGAGAAAGAAGUCUUUGACAACAUCAGAAAACUAUGAAGAGCAGGAAUCGCAAAUCAAAGUGAAGUGUGAGAGGCUGAGUAGUCUGAUGGAUGAAUACAUGGAGGAGGAGCAAGCAGAUGAUCUGUGGAAAGCCUUUGGUACUGAAUUAAUCAGCGACAGACCUAAAAAAGAAACAGGUGGACAGAGGGUUGCCCCUCAUAUUAUCUGGGAACUGAAAAGAAUAUACAAGGACAAAGAAGAAGCAGCUUGCAGAACCAACAAACUGGAAUUGGACGGCUUCCUCACCAAGGGACAACGUAUCAUUUCAAAAAAUGGCAAAUACACGGCUAUUUUUCAGGACGAUGGGAAUUUCGUGGUGUAUGAAUCCCCCGAAGGUGUGCCAAUAUGGGCUAGCGACACUUGGGGAAAAAGGAAUGCUGACAAGGUUAUUGAUGUAACUUAAAAAAGAGGAUGGUGAGUAAGUAGAUUCAAGAAACUGCACAGAGUCCUUUUCUUCAGUCAGUUGUUAGGUUUAUUGAAAUAUGCAGGGAGUCUGGUCCCAGGUACAGGACAAACAGAAUACUCGUUCUUACAAUUGUUGCAUGACAUUAAAUACCCUUCUGCAUAGGUGUCUCUCUCCUCCUCUUUCUCUGACACUUAACCAAUAGAAAAGGUACAACUCAUUAUCCUAUUACCAUAUAUUUCAUUCAGUGUG